GGACUCUCCGCUUCUUCGACUUGCAAAACGUCUCACAUUCUCUCAAACUCACUCUACCAUUUUGAUAAUGGCUACUACUUCCAACUCGGUACUCUUCUUGGGCUCUGACUCACUGAGUCAUCCUCAUUAUCAGCCAAGAACACCUCUCAAUCUCUCAUUCUCCAGAUCUCACUCUGUUUCUCUCCUACCCAACAAGCGAUCCAAUUCCCUCGCGCUUCGUUGUUCCAACAAUGGCGAUAACAUCUCAUCUGAAAAAGAUACCCCAAUCGAACUCAAAUUCCCUGAAUUUCCAACGGUAAUGGACAUUAACAAGAUCAGAGAGAUAUUGCCUCACAGGUUCCCGUUUCUGCUGGUGGAUAGAGUGAUCGAGUAUACGCCUGGUGUUUCAGCUGUAGCUAUUAAGAAUGUCACAAUCAAUGACAAUUUCUUCCCUGGACAUUUCCCUGAUCGACCCAUCAUGCCUGGUGUUCUUAUGAUUGAGGCAAUGGCGCAAGUUGGAGGUAUAGUAAUGCUGCAGCCAGAAGUAGGAGGCUCUCGGGAUAACUUCUUCUUUGCCGGUAUUGAUAAAGUGAGAUUCCGCAAACCAGUGAUUGCAGGAGACACACUGGUCAUGAGGAUGACUCUUCUCAAGUUCCAGAAACGGUUCGGGCUUGCUAAGAUGGAAGGUAAAGCUUAUGUGGGUGGCGUUUUGGUGUGCGAAGGCGAGUUCAUGAUGGUUUCUGCAGGUAGUUCUUGAUCACACGCAUUAGUGGUGGAGCCACUCGCUGUGUGUUUGUUGAUCCUUCUGUUGUUCACAAGACUAGACAAGACCAAACUUAGGUUAUCUGACAUUUUAUAUGAGUUUCUUCAAGGUUCUUAUGCCC